AGAUGCACAGGAGUGCUCUGCCGACUGCUGCAGCUAAUCAUGGGACAGACGCAACAAACCACACAAAAUGACCCAGAGAUCGAUGUAAAGGCACUCCAGGACAUGUACAAGAAGUUUGUGAUAGAGUGCCCAAGUGGUGUUUUAUUUAUCCAUGAGUUCAAACGUUUCUUCGGGGUUGACCCAACUGGGGAAAUCUCUGAGUAUGCGGAGGGCAUGUUUCGAGCUUUUGACAAGAAUGGGGAUAAUACCAUUGAUUUCCUUGAGUUUGUAGCAGCCUUGAAUCUCGUUUUCCGGGGGGACUUGGAGCACAAAUUACGCUGGUCAUUCAAAGUGUACGAUAAGGAUGCCAAUGGCUAUGUGGAUAGGACGGAACUGAAAGCUAUUGUUGAUAGUAUAUAUAGUUUAAAGAAGACGUCGUCAAAGAGAGAACCUGGCGGCGUGUUGCUAUCAGUGGACGAAGUGUGUGACAGAAUACUGACCACUGUGGAUGUGGACGGAGAUUGUCACAUCACUCUGGAUGAGUUCAUUGAAGGGGCCCAGCGAGACCCAUGGAUCAUGACAAUGCUUCAUCUGGACAUGAACCCCUACGGCUGGGUUAUGGAACAGAGAAGGAAGAGCGCACAUUUUUAAAUUUAGUGGAUUCACAAAACAAAUAGUUUUGGUUUACAUUUCCCUUUUUUCUGUCUUUAAAACAUUGCUUUAUUUCUUAAACCACUUAUGCUUCAAUAUAAUAGUUUUCCUGAGGACAGGUGGGGUUUUGUGUCAAUUCUCCUUUCGUAAAGUCAAUGAGAUAAUAUGUUUGUUCACUCUGAGUGAACAGUGCAGCUUUUUUGAACGGUAGUCAAUUGGAUUAGGGCCUUAAAUAUAUUGGUGUGAUUCGAAGCCAAAUUGGAGCUACAGAAUCAGACUGGAACUGCUUUCUAUGAUUUUUAUGAUUGUUUUGUAAGAAUGGUGGAACACAGUGAACUGGGUUUUUCUUGAAUUGCGGAGGCAACUAUAGCUCCUUGAAUAUGGCACCACACAAAAAAAUCGCAAAAACAUUACAAAAUAUGAAAGUUUUAAUUGUAUUUAAUUGUUAUUUAUUAAAAGAUGUAAGUGCUUUGUCCUGCAAAAUAUAUAUUUCUUGCAGUACAAGACACUCCUAGCAAAUUAGCUUUCCCCAGUGAUGUGCUGGCAUAGUGUCAUGUUUCGGGGAUUUAAACAUAACCUUUUGAUAAUGCUAUACUGUGUUCAGAUGCAUGUAUUUUGGUGUAUAGAUUAAUAAAAACCUAAGAAUAAUACCAAAUGUUUUAGCAGAAUAAUAUGUGCCUCUCAGUUUUAAGUCAGUGGUUUUACUCCCUUUAAAAUCACUGAUAAUAAAAAUUAUCAAACUUCGCACAUUCGCUCACGUGGCAAACUGUUAUUGGGAAGCAGUGAAUAUUAAUGUCUUUGGCAGGUAAAGUUGUCCCAAUAAUAAAUAAAUAAUGUGGGGGAAUGUACCCCACACCAUCAGGUGCUGUGAGAACGGCUGAAUGAAGCAUUCAACAUUGGUCCCUUUCAAGCAACCAUGCCAUCAAGUUGUUUUUGCAAAAAAUAAAUUACAGGUUGUUUUAAACAGUGCAAAUAUAAUUUUUUCUAGAUUUUAAUUGUGACAAUGGGGAUCAUAUUCAGCUUUUUAUGAUGUUAUUUACGAUGAGUAAGUAUACUGUCUUCGGUUUGUAUGAUGAUGAUUGUAACUAUUUUACAUGCAAUUAUUUCAGCUGAAUUUCAUGAGCAAUUUACCUAUUAGGUAUGAGGAUUAUUCUGUUACUUUUAUGUACAUUUACUGUUGUCUCCCUCCACAUUCUUUCAAAAGGUACUGCUGAUUCUGAGUUUCAUCCACUAAUCCGUUUGACUAAUCUGCAGACUUACUGUAUUCAUCUGACAUAAUGCACAAUUUUCUAUCAUG